GUGGGAUAGCGAAGGAAGGCGGGUUUUCUUUAAUGCUGUCACACAUCUCGUCUCAUAAUGGAAACUAAUGAAGUUAAAACAUUUCAUCAGUGUGUUAUAUGUAAUGAGAUUUUUCUAGAAUAUGAUGAUUUAGAAAAACACAGUAAAAUACAUGUUAAAGAAGAGAAAACUGAUGAUGUGGAUGAAUAUUGUCAUGUUAAAGGAGAGAAAACUGAAGAUAUUGAAACUGUUUAUCAGUGUAAUUUAUGUGAUGAAGAAUUUAAAUCUUACACUGAUUUAGAAAAACACUGUGAAAUACAUGUUAGUGAAGAGGAUUCUGUUUUACAACAUGGUAAAUGUGAUAUAUGUAAUAUGUCUUUUAGUACGAAUAAUUGUCUACAACAACACAGGAGAAUUCAUACUAUAGAAAAACCGUAUAAUUGUUAUGUUUGUAGUAAAUCAUUUUCUAAAAAUAGCCGUCUACAGUCACACAUCAGAACUCAUACAGGUGAAAAACCUUAUAAAUGUGAUGUUUGUAGUAAAUCAUUCACCGAAAAUAGUGGUCUACAAACACACAUUAGAAUUCAUACUGGUGACAAGCCUUAUAAAUGUGAUGUUUGUAGUAAAUCAUUCACUAGCAGUAGUCAACUAAAGAGACAUAUCAGAAUUCAUACUGGUGAAAAACCUUAUAAAUGUGAUGUUUGUAGUAAAACAUUUUCUGCUAUUGGUAAUCUACAGAAGCACAUGAGAAUACAUACUGGGAUAAAACCUUAUAAAUGUGAUGUUUGUGGUAAAUCAUUUACGGAUAGUAAUCAACUACAGAGCCAUAUCAGAAUUCAUACUGGUGAAAAGCCUUAUAAAUGUGAUGUUUGUAGUAAAUCAUUUACUGAAAGCAGUACUCUUCAAAAACACACCAGGAUUCAUACUGGUGAUAAACCUUAUAAAUGUGAUGUUUGUAGUAAAUCAUUUACACAGAAUAUUAAUCUACGUUCCCACAUUAGAAUUCAUACUGGUGAAAAACCUUAUCAUUGUGAUGUUUGUAGUAAAUCAUUCACGGAAAGUAGUACUCUACAAAAACACGCCAGGAUUCAUACUGGUCAGCAUUGUGGCAAAUCAUUUAUUCCGCGUAGUAGUCUACAAACACACCUUCAAAUUCAUACUGAAGAUAAACCGUAAUGAAAUUGUAAAAAGUAAUAUAAAAUCAGGAAGUUAGAAUUUGAAAUUUCAAAGGUUUUAAGUUUAUGAAUAAGUUAUUGUAGUGGUUAAUGUGGUACAAGAUUAUAUGAUACAUACAGUACGCCCGCCGCGACGCUUUGAUGAAACACGAUUAUCGUGUCGUUUUUUGUUGAAAAUUGCCACGAUAAAUAACUCGGUGUAGCAGUCGCUAUCGUGUGCCACGAUAGUCGUGUGACACAAUAAGCCUCGGUGUAAUUUUACAUGCAAAAUUAACGGUAUUUAUUUGUCAUAAACAAUCGAUGUCAAAACGAUAUACAGCCACGAUGUUAUGAAUGUUGAAUAUUUUCGUUAAUAAUACGGACGCAUUAGGUCACGUUGUAUAGUGAGAACAUGCGUGUUCACAUAUUCUGCACGAUAUAUGCGGUUAAUUUUUCAAACAGUCAUGUAAAGCUGCAUGUCUAGUACACUUUGAAGGACACUUAUGCAUAAGACUAUACAUGUAUUACACAGUUUAGAUAUUUAUGCUGUGUUCAAAUUGUUUUGCAUAUUUACUGUAUGUACUUUUAAAUUGCAAACUAUAAAGGUAAUUUGGUUAUCGGUCUUACAAAUAGAAAUAAGACAUAUAGAACUUGCAACGGGAUUCGAAAGCACUUUCAAAUCAGACAUAAGUUCGUACUUACCUUAAAAAUGAAAUGAACGCGACACAAGUCUCCGAUGUAAGAGAAUAUUAGUUAAUUAUAACCGCUAUCAAAUCCACGCAAAAAUCCAAGGCACUUGUUUUAUUUUAGAAAAGAAUAACUGUAUUUCGAUGGAAGAAUCUAUUCCACAUGAACCCCAAAUCAAUGAUAACUGUCAACUUGUAUGUUGUCAUUCUCGUGCAGAUUGGUUUGAAUAACAGAAAUGUCCCUUUGAUCAAAGAUCAAAGAAUAAAAUCGCACGUAGCCACUUUGUUGUUUUUAUUGGUUAAGACUACAUUAUGCCGCAAAGACCCAAAGUUGCCAGAAACCAUGCAGUGUUCACCUUACAACAGGUCCAUUGACUUAUGGGUUAUUUUAUAAUUAAUGAUACC